CAAAGUUGUAUGUAAACAAACUUACCAGUGCGUUGCAAUCGUACAACAAAAUAGUCGCUAUACAUUUCAUUUGCAUUUACAAAAGUAUUUCAAACAUAUUCAUAUACAAGCAGUGCCUCAAGACGAUCCAAAUUUCGUUCCUUCUCUUGGAAAGAUGUUACCAAACAUCUUUUGUCGUGUUUGUGCCACUACUGACACUGCGCUCGAUUUGUUGGACAUUUUUGAGAAAGAAGAUGCAUCAGAGUGUGUUGCGGAUAUGCUGCUAGAGGUGGCAGAAGUCAAGGUGACGGUUGAUGAUGGAUUCCCCCAAAGCUGCUGUAAACAAUGUCACACCGAUCUCGUUCGAGCUGUGACCGUGAGACGGAAAUGUAUUGAAUCAGAGAAAUUGUUCCAUGCUACGGUUGAAUCUUGCUAUAGUGUAAUCGACGAGCAGUACGAUGAUCAAUCGGAUAGCUUGUCCAUCGCAUCGCCAAAUCCCGAGCAUAUUGCUCUCGAAGAGAAUUUCACGUACCGCUGCUGCGAAUGCUCUAUAGAUUUCGGCGAUUCCGAAGCCCUUAAAAUACACUACGAAUCAAAGCAUGCCAAAGUAAUUCACGGUUGGGAGAGCUUUGGACUCAGUGAAAUCUCUCUGUUCGACACCACUGACGAAGAAGUAGAGGAAGAUGCAGGCGCUUAUCCACAGGCGCCCGAGCCGUUACAGACAAACAAGUUGCUGGAGCUAUACCGAUGCUGCGGAUGCAUGCUGAUAUUCGAUACUGACGCAGACCUUCAACAGCAUUCGGAAACCGUACAUGCCUCCAACGCUUUGCAAGUGGACGGUGACAACGCGUGGCAAUGCAAUGUAUGCUAUAAAUUGUUUACAUGCGCAGCUGCCCUAGAAAAUCAUCAAAAUACUGUAUAUUUUCUGCGAUACCAAUGUUACACCUGUGGGCUGCUUUUCGGAACGCAAGCUCAUUUGGCGCGGCAUGAAUUUAAGCAUAUGCGUGGCAAGUUCACCUGCGAACCUUGUGAGAAGAUUUUCUCCAACCCCCAAUCGAUGAGGAGACACAUGCAACGGUUUCAUGACAAACCGCGCAUAUUGCGAACGCAGGAAAAGCACAUUUGCGGCGAGUGCGGCAAAGCUGUGCAUUCCGCUGCGUAUCUUGUAUCCCACAUGAGGCUACACUCGAAGGAGCUACCGUUUACCUGCACCUUAUGUGGAGCCCGGUUCAAGCUGGUCCGCUACUUGAAAUGGCACAUGGCAAUGCACAAGGGACUGUACAAGUGCAAGCAAUGCGAUUCGUCGUACAAGAGUCCAUCCGAACUGCAGGAGCAUAUGAAUCGUCAUACCGGUACAAGGGCAUUUUGCUGCUUUUUGUGUGGAAAUGGAUUUCACAACAAAAAGAAUCUUAACAAACACUUGCGUAUGGUCCAUUCUCAUUACGUAAGUAAAAAGAAAGAAUAAACUCCAGUACGUUCUGUAAAA